AUGGAUGACAACAGUGUCUACCUCCCAGAGUUGUUAAAUAUGAAUGUGUUUGAUAACAAGACGCUGCUGCAGACUCUGCUGAGGGGGGAACAACCGCCACCCUCACGGCGGGGAUUUCGCACUCUAGUUCGGAGGCCCACAGGCAGACGACAAACCACCACAAAAGGUGUGGAGUCUCGCGUUUGUACAGAUUGGAUUCAUCACUCAUUUUCCGGGUCAAGAAUCCCAGAGAAAGUGUUUCAGCCUUCACCUGCAGACCAUGAACACUAUGGCGCGGAUCCACAGCCCCUUCGUAAACUGCACAUUGUUAACAGAAUAAAAAGUACAAGACGUCCAGAGUGCGGGAAAGACACCAUGAAGAUGCUUGGAUUAGAAAAAGCACAUACUCCUCAGGUUCACAACAAUAACCCUCCAGGGAAUGCAAAGCUGAAAGGGGCUGAGCAUUUGGUAACAGUGAAGCCCCGGAAGUUGCCACAGACACUUCCGGCAGAGGAGGCCGGGAGUUCAGGCGCCCCAAGUGCUCUGCACUGGCCUCGCAGCCCUGUGCACCCAGAAGCAACUAAGUCCUGA